GUUAGUAAAUGACAACUUCUCUUCUCGCAUGGUCUGACCUUGACAUAUUGCGCAGAAAUGCAAAAUGUUAACCUCAGCAAAUUAAUACCUCCAUUAUAUAGACCAAGCUACUAUCCUGAAAUUAAUUUUAAUAAAGAGCUAUCUGUGAUAAACUUCAAUAAUCCCUGGUGGUUAAAUUUUUUAAAAAUUUUCUUCAGAAAACAAACGUUUGAAGCUUUUAGUAAUUUGGCAAAGUGGGUGACUCUCAAUUUUUUCUUACUAUCAGUUGCUGGUUUACAUAUUAGAAGAUUUUAAAAAGAAAACAUGAAUAGAUAUUUUAAUCAUUCAUAUAGAAUAAGUAAGAUCAGUAGAUCAUUUCAUGCUUUUAGAAAGCCAAAGCAUUUGAAACUUAAUUAUAGGGAACCAGACAACUGGAAUAAUUGCAAUAAGCGAGAAAUUCAUCCUUUUUGGUUCAUAGGAAAAACUAUAGCACAAUUAUCUGCCAUAAUUGGUGGAAGAUUUACAAGGAAAUGGUAUGCAAAAUUAUCCCCUGAAAAGAAGAAGGAAUUGUGGAAACGUUUCACAUGGAAUAGAGUUGGGGCUGCUGUAGCUAUUUUGUCUGGUGGAGCUUUUGCAAACUACGUCUAUCAUACAGAAGAAGAUCCAAUAACAAAAAGAAAACGUUUUAUUGCUGUUACAGAUGAUCAAUUACAACGAUUAGUUCAAGUCGAAACGGAUCAGAUAUUAGAAGCUAAAAAAGGUGAGAUCCUGGGAUCUGAGCAUCCAGCAUAUGAUAAAGUUAUUAGUAUUGCAAAUACAAUAAUCAAUAGAAAUCAAGAUAUUCCCUUGCUAAGAAACCAAAAGUGGAAAAUCUAUAUAACAAAAUCUCCUGAUGUUAAUGCAAUGGUUCUACCAAACGGAAAUAUUUUUGUUGAAGGUGGUCUGAUAGAUUUAGUAGGCUAUGGAGACGAAUUAGCUUUCGUUCUCUCUCAUGAAAUUGCUCAUGCUGUCUUAAAGCAUUCUGCUGAAAAAAUUAGCUACGCUAUGCUACUUGAUAUAAUGAUAAUUACUGUUAUGGCGUUUCUUUGGCUAUUUAUUCCGUCCGAUGGUAUUGCCUUAAUAUCUCAAUGGUUUUAUCGUAGAGUUGUUGAUAUUUUUAUGCAUUUGCCCUAUGAUAGAAAAUUAGAGGAGGAGGCCGACGAAGUAGGACUUUGGCUUGCUGCUAAGGCAUGCUUCGAUGUUAGGAAAGGUAGUAAUUUUUGGACUAUUAUGAGUAUGUUACAAAAAGAAGAAAACACUGAAAUACCCGAAUGGCUAUCAACACAUCCUGCUAAUCUGAAACGUCAGGAAAAUUUAGAUGUAUUAAUGCCCGCCGCAAUCGAAACAAGGAAAGCAUGUAAUUGUUUUCCUCUAUCGAAAAAUGAUCCUCGCAUUCAAUUAAGAAUGGCAAAAUCACUAGACGAAAUAUCGAAGGAAAUUUCUAACCCUUUAGCAAAAUAG